GAGAGAUGUGUGGGUACAGGAAGAAGCUCUAAAGAGAGUUAACUGGAGAGAGAACGAAAGUGACAGAUCAGACAUCCAACACAGGAGAGAGAGAGAAAUCAGAAAAAGAGAAAGUGAGAAAGAUAGAUCAGAGCAGGAAAGAGAGAGAGAGAGAUCAGAAAGAGAGAGAUAGAUCAGAGCAGGAGAGAAAAAGAGAGCUGUCUCUGAGGACAGACAGAGCCAGACCACCAGACAGUCAGUCUGAAUGCUUAGUAGCUGAGAGCUGUGCUGAGAGCUGCGGCUGUUGGCAGCAUUGAUUUCUGGGAGCUGUAAGCUGCUGGUACACAUGGCGUGGUGCUGUUGCACUCCUCUCCGGGCCUCCUCGUCCUCCUGCUGCUCUCCGCUUCUCAAACACUGCCCUCUCUUCCCAGACAUCUCCCCUGCUGAGCUGGAUGCACUAUGGAGGGAACCACCGUACACGCUAGCGGGAACCAAUGGUCACUUCACAGGAAAUGAUGUUAGGAAUCGAGGGGAGGAGGAGGGUCCGGGGGUGGAGUCUGGGGAAGGGGAGGCGGAGCUGGACAGUUACUGGACAAGGAAGGAGGCGUUCACCAGAGGAAGCACCGUGUCACUGGCUGUGGGAGAGAGGUUCUCCUCAGACGUGGUUCUAGUGUUCAGCGGUCGGCGGUGCUCAGGUGUAAUACCUGACUCUGAACUACAGGAGGCGCUCCGUACAAGACUCAGGGUCGUCGAGAGCAACAGUCAGGACGUCAUUCAGCUCUUCAAGGACCUGUCUGCCCGUCUGCUGUCUGUCCACGCUGAGAAGGACAGCUUUGUCAUUACCUUCAAGACUGUAGAGGAGAUCUGGAAGUUCUCUACCUACCUGGCUCUGGGCUAUGUGGCGCGGUGCCUGGAGAAUUUCCUGUGUGACCAGUCGUUCUGGCUGGACACUGAGCUGCUGAGGGACUUGGAGAUCACUGUGACUGUAGACGAGGAACACCUGGCAACACUCUACCUGGGACUGCUGCUGCAGGAGGGUUCGUUCUUCGCCAAGGCGCUGGUGAGCAGUGGCGAGCAUAGUGAUGAGGAAGAGGAGUUGUGUUUCAGACGUAACGAUUUGCUGAUGGUUAGAGACACGGGGCAGGACAGUCACUGGGAGGGCACCCUUCUCUCCACCGGACAACACGGACUAGUGCCUGUCAACACCAUGCAGCCGCUGCCAUACCCCUUCUACCAGUGGUUUCUGAGGAAGUACUCUGACUGUGCCGGAUGCUCCCCUUCAGAGAGAGGACAAUUUGACCACCCUAUAGUAACCGGAUCCUGUGAGGCUGUAGUGGACCACAACCCAGUAGGUUCUGAUGAGCUCCAGCUGAGUCAAGGUGACCUGAUUGAGAUACAGGGGAUGCUACUCCGAGGUCUGGACCUGUUCAUAGGAACACACUGCUCUACAGGAAACACCGGCUUCGUACACAAGGCUCACGUCAAGCCACUCAACGCCAAACCCCCAGACAGACAACUGGUGUUUCUGAGUGAGGAGGAACGUGCGUCAAUGGCCCAGAUUAACCCCUGCAGUAGUGAACCCAGAGACAGCGGCCUCCUAGAAAGACUCUUCUCCUCUGACAUCAGUACUGUCUACAGACUAGAUAGACUGGAUCAGUCUGACUUUACGUACAUCAGAAACCAACCAAAACAAGAGCAUAAGCCCCCCGCCAGCGCCCGGCAGUCCAUCAUCUCAGAGAAGAGUGACGCUACACCCCCCUACCACUCCUCCCCCCGCCCCUCUCUCUCUCACUCCUCGCCCCGCCCCUCCUUCUACGCCUCCCAGAAUGCUUUGGGGCGUGGCGGUGACGAGUUGCUGUCCUUCAGUCUGGACGACACCUUCAGAGAGAUGAAUGAGUUCCAGGAAGACCCACCCCUUUUCCUGGAGGAGGGGAGCUGGGAGGGGGUGGAGUCAGAGGUCUGUGACCCAACCCUGACUCUGCUCAACAUGCAUCACUUCCAGGAGGACUUCCUGCCCCUCUAUGACCUAAACCACUCCUUCCUGUGGCUGACGUUCUCAGGACAGAGUGAGGAUGAGUUACUGGGCCAUCUGGAGAUUGUCAGGGAGGGGGCUAAGAGAACGGGCAUGGCCUGGGCACACCGACGGGCAUGCUUCCUACUGGGGAGGCUCUGCGCCAAGAAGCUCAAGUACUCCCAGGCCCGUGUGUAUUACGAGGAAGCCCUUGGCGUCUCUGUGGACGGUUUCUCUGACCUCCCUCUCCUCAUCGCCCUCUACACCAACCUCACAGCCAUCUACCUCAAACAGAAAAUGGCCGACAAGCUGCCCCCGACCCUGGAGAAGGCCAGUGCUCUGCUCCUCUGUCUCCCCAGACACACCUUCACCUCCCUGGAUGAGUUUGAGCUGCUGAUGCUGGUGCUGCGGAGGUCUGUGGUGGAAGGGGACAAACACCUGGAGGCACGGGUCUGUUACCUCACCGCCAGCCUCUUCCUCCUCCUUAGAAAGAUAGAUGACGCCCUGCCCUUCGCGGAGCGCCUCCAGUUCCUCACCGUUACCCUGUCUGCUGAGGAGGGGCGCCCCAUCGCCCCCCUGGACCUCAACUGGCUCCUGUCCCGGCUCUACCACCGUAAAUACAUGCCCUACCUGGCCCUGGCAUCACUCAGCCUUGACUCUGGACAGGAGUACUCACUACAGGACGCCUUCCACAGGAUAGAACUGUUCAGCAGGAACUCGGUGCGUCUGAAUCCGCGAUGGAAAGAGGGGACGUCUCUCCUCCCCGCCCAGAUCGUGGUGUAUCUUCAGCAGGCUCUGGCCAUUGCGGAGCGGAGUGAGGACCUUAAGACCCAGAGGGACCUGUGUCUGGGCUUGGCCUGUGUGUACCAGCAACACGGCGCCCUGGUGAAGGCCCUGCCCUGUGCCCAGCAGGCUGUACAGACCGGGGGAGGUAUCAACGAGGAGGAGGGGUUUGAGGCUUCAGUACUGCUGGGAUGGUUGUUAGUCCUGACGGGAGAGCCUGAGAGGGGACAGCACACCCUGCAGCCACUACUGCAGUCUCUACAGGGAACCGACAGCCCGACCCAGAGGGGAGUGGUCCACAACCUGCUGGCUCUGUGUCUGCGGCGACAGGGUCGCAUCGCAGAGGCCGGAAGCCACCUACACCACGCCCUCACCAUCUCCAGGGAGAGUGGCAACCAGAGGAACCAGGCCCUGGCCCUCGCCAACCUGGGCUGCCUGGCACUGGGCGUGGGGGCACCCACACUGGCAGAACGAUUCCUAUUCAGGUCUCUGUCGUUGUUCCUGGAGAUCUGGGAGAGUCCCGUUGACGAGGAGCACGUCCAGACCUACCUAUGGCUGGGGCGGAGCUACAAGGACAGGGGGAGGAGCCAGGACGUCAGGCUGUGUUUUGAGAUGGGCCUCCUCAUAUCCCUCCAGGCCAGGAACCUCCAUAGUCAGAUGGUGGUGGCUAAAGUCCUGAGUCGUCACUACGCCGACGUGCUGCUGUAUGGACAGAGUAUCCUCUACUAUGAGCACUGUGUGUCUGUGUCCAGGGACCUGAAGGACAAGAGACUAGAGGGAGAAUAUCUAGAGAUCCUCAGUAGCCUCUACCUGUCCCUCAAUACUGAGAAAUCAUCAAGGAAGUCUCUGGACUACAGUAAGCAGAGUCUGCGUAUCUCCAUUGACUUGGGGAAGAGAGAGGAAGAGUCAGAGACGUGGCUUCAGGUGGGACGCAUCUACUACCUCAUCCAUGAAGAUGAACUGGCGGACAUGUACCUACAGGCAGCGGUGAAGACAGCCCUGAGGAUGAAUGACCCUCGCUUCGCCAUGAGUAUCUACGAGGAGGCAGGAGAUAUCUUCUUCAAAGGCCACAGGAACAGACUGGCGUCACUGCCCUUCUACAGGGACGGCAGUCUCCCUUUUGCUCGGAGCAUCCAUGACGUCCACUCAGAGUUCAGACUGCUGAGUAAACUGACUGAACUACUGAUGACCCAGGAAGAGUAUGAAGAGGCUCUACAGUACGCCAUUCUGGCUGUACAGAUCAGUACCAAAACAGGUGUGUGUGUGAACGAGCGCACAGCGUACCACCGUCUGGCUACAGUGUACUACAGUCUGGAGCAGUAUGAGAUGACAGAGAACUACUACCUCAAGUCUCUGUCUCUCAGCCCUGCUGUACUGCAGCACCCCCUGGAGGCUAGAUACUACACCAAGCUCUACUGCAGGCUGGGGGACCUGACCCUGCACAAACUAAAGGAUGCCUAUGACUCGGUGGGAUACUUCCAGCUGGCUCUAGCUGCUGCCCUGGAGGACCGUGCCAACCCGCAGGCGCUGUAUGUGGUCUACAUGAAGCUGGCAGAGAUCCAUGCCAACCAUAUGCCAGACCCACUGCUCUGCCAGGCUUACAGGGAAAGAGCACAGAGCCUGAGGAUGGAACUCUCUGGGCUGGAAGAGAUGGAUGGGAGGGAAGGAGAGACAGAGGAGUGGAGAGGAGAGAUGGAGGGCAGAGGAGAGAUGGAGGGGAGAGAGAGACAGAGACAGAGGGAAGAGAAGAGACAGAGGGAAGAGAAGAGAUGGAGGGCAGAGGAGAGAUGGAGGGGAGAGGAGAGAUGGAGGGGAGAGGAGAGACAGAGACAGAGGGAAGAGAAGAGACGGAGGGCAGAGGAGAGAUGGAGGGGAGAGGAGAGACAGAGACAGAGGGAAGAGAAGAGACGGAGGGCAGAGGAGAGAUGGAGGGGAAAGGAGAGACAGAGACAGAGGGGAGAGGAGAGAUGACAGAGGGGAGAGGAGAGACGGAGGGGAGAGGAGAGACAGAGACAGAGGGAAGAGAAGAGACAGAGGGAAGAGAAGAGACGGAGGGCAGAGGAGAGAUGGAGGGGAAAGGAGAGACAGAGACAGAG